AUGCUAUUGCUUGCAUCAAGCAUGCUGCGGCGUGGCCGUUGCGCGAAAUGUGGCGAGCCACUGGUGAACGAAGAGGCGAUCCUGGCUCGCGGGCGACUCUACCACGUGCACCACCUGUGCUGUGACUAUUGCACCACACGUGUGUGCUACAUCGACGACAGUUUCGUGGUGGACGGCACGAAACUCGCCUGCCUUCGAUGCUUCGAUAAAAUCAGUCCCAAAUGUCACAAGUGCAAGCAUUCAAUCGUCGACGAAUACGCACUGCACGUGCUCGACGAAGAGUUUUUCGAAGACAAAGACGGUCGGCCGUUGGACCGUGACUGUCUCUGGGGACAGGUGCUGAUGGAUCACAUUGUCCGCGACGUUGACAACAUUGUCCCGUCGAAGUACUGA